UCUCAUCGGCACGGGAUCGGUGCUCCUUGGACUCCACAAUCGGUUCCCUAAUGGAUAUAACGCAGAGGAGAGUUCGCCGUCUCUGGCGAAUAGCUUUGCAAAUGAUAACAAGAUGGAGGAAGGUGAUGAGAAUCAGAAGGAGGAGGAUAAGAGAAUUAAUGAACUUGUAGACAAAUUUAAGCCGACUUUGCCACAGGAAGUUAUCAGUACGGGCAAAGGUGAGGUUGCUUUCCACAAGGAUAAUAAGAAUCCUACAGAUAGUAAAGGAGAAUUUAUUUCACAACCUAAACAUACCUCCCACACCAAACAAGGGGAAGUUAACUCUAAAGGUCCACCUAGAUCACACAGUGUUUCUUCAGAGGCUACUUCAGUUCCAAAUCCUAAAGAUGGUAGAAAAGCUGGAAAGAACACCCCCAAAGGUUCAAAUGGUGAUGCAACUCAAAAAUCUUGUCUUCUCGAAUUUGGGAGCUACUGCCUUUGGUCCAAAGAACAUAAAGAAGUGAUGAAAGAUUCAGUUGUAAAGAGACUGAAAGAUCAAGUUUUUGUGGCAAGAGCUUACUAUCCAACUAUUGCGAAGCUUAAAGGACAGGAGAAGCUGUCACGAGAAAUGAAGCAGAACAUUCAGGACCACGAGCGCAUGCUUAGUGAAGCCAUUUCAGAUCCUGACCUUCCAUCAUUUGUUCAAAAGAAGAUAGAGAGGAUGGACCGGACUAUAGCAAAAGCCAAGACAUGUCCUGUAGAUUGUAACAAUGUUGACAAGAAACUUAGGCAGAUACUUGAUCUUACUGAGGAUGAAGCUCAUUUCCAUAUGAAGCAAAGUGCAUUCUUGCAUCAUCUCGGUGUCCAGACAAUGCCCAAAAGUCACCACUGCUUGUCGAUGAGAUUAACAGUAGAAUAUUUCAGAGCACCACCAGCAGAUAUAGAGCAGGCACAUGCUCACAAGCUUGAUAACCCAAGUUACCGGCAGUACAUAAUUUUUUCUCGCAAUGUACUUGCAGCAUCUGUUACUAUCAAUUCCACUGUUAUGUGCUCUAAGAAAACAGGAAAUAUGGUUUUCAAUGUGCUGACUGAUGAAGAGAAUUUUUAUACUAUGAAGCUCUGGUUUAGUAGGCAAUCUUACAAAGCGGCAGUUGUUCAUGUCAUGAAUAUGAAAGACUUUAAGCUUAACUCCUAUAGUUCGGGUCUACCACAACUUUCAUCUUCUGAGGAAUUCCGUAUUUCAAUACUUACCAAUGAUGAAUCAUCUCCUGCCCAGAUGAGAACAGAAUUUACGUCGGUGUUUGGCCAUUCACAUUUUCUUAUUCCUGAGAUAUUCAAGAAUCUGAAGAAGGUGGUAGUAUUGGAUGAUGAUGUGGUAGUCCAGAGGGAUUUGUCCUCAUUAUGGGAUAUUGACUUGCAUGGGAAAGUCAAUGGUGCUGUGAAGUUUUGCAAGGUGAAGCUAGGACAGCUGAAAUCUUAUAUGGGAAACCAUCAAUAUAGGGAUUCCUGUUCCUGGAUGUCUGGGUUAAAUGUAAUUGAUUUGGAGAAGUGGCGCGAGCUUAAAAUUACUGGAAAACACCAGCAAGCCCUUCCCAAGUUCCAUAAUGGAAGUGAGGCCUCCUGGAGAGCCGCAGCAUUACCAACUAGCUUACUUGCUUUCCAGAAUCAGAUAUUCCCUCUAGAUGAUUCUUGGGUUCUCUCGGGACUAGGCUACGAUUAUAGAAUCGAUGCAGAUGCCAUAAAGAAUGCUGGCAUCCUGCACUACAAUGGCAACAUGAAACCUUGGCUUGACCUCGGGAUACCAAAAUAUAGGAAAUACUGGAAGAAAUUCCUCACACACGGAGACCAGUUUAUGGAUCAAUGCAACAUAAACCACUAGUUUAACUAGCUGUAGCCAUUCUUGUGUUCUCGAAGUUUGAUAUGAAGAGAGGGAUGAAAGCCUCUUGGCUCGAUAGUACGACACACUUACUGUUUGGAUCAAAGAGAAAAGGGCAGCAGUGAACAUCAAAUAUUCUUUGGUGGUUCAAUAUCUCUUACAUAACAAGAAGAGUGCAUAUAUGGAGUACUUACUCGAAGCAUUGCAUCAGUUCUGUACAUUGGUGUUGCGGGUUAAUUUGGACAUUAUUUGAUUGCACCAUUCAUUUGUGAUAUAUGAUUUGGAUGAUUAAUUUGGCUGGCAUCUCGAAUUGGAUUGGUGCCAUCCAGUGUCUUGGAAGGAUGUAGAUUUAAUUCCCCCCCUCUAUUUUUUAGCCCUUAUUGUUUUGAUUUCUAGCACAAUAAGGGUAUACACUCAAUAUUCUUAAUUGUCAAAUUCUUUGUUCUCUCUGCAGCAAUGUGAAAUGUAAUUUCAGAUUAUGCAAAAUUGGUUUCUUUAUUGGAUUGUACUCUGUUUGUUAGAGCUA